AUGAGUCAACAGGGUUAUGUUGCUGCACCCCCAUACUCCCAGGCCCAGCCAGGGAUGGGGGGCUACCAGGCUGGAUUUGGAUCUGGACCUACACAGCCCCUCUAUGGACACUACGGGGGACCGCCACAGGCAUUCUCUGCUCCACCAACAGGUAUGAUGAAACAACCAGUGUCCUCUGCCCCCGGUAUGCCUCCACCACCAGUGUCCAGUCAGUACACUCCAAAUGUCCAGCAGAAUGGAGCUCCUCCACCAAGGUACCCAGUUGCCCAACCUGUCUCUCCUGCCUAUGGUCAACCACCACUGUCCCCAUACAACAGUAUGGCCUCUCAGGCCCCGCCUCCAGCACAGCAGCUCACCAAUCAGAUGAGUGCUAUGAACUUGGGCAACUAUGCCCCAGGACCAAUGCAGAGUGCUCCUCCCUCAGCUAGCUCUGUAGCCCAACAGCCUUUCCAGACGCCUCCUCCCCCAGUCAUGGGCCAGCCACAGAUGCCCCCAGGACCCCAGUCGCCCCUCAUGUCCCCUCAGAUGUCUCCACCACAGUCACCCCCAGCCAGCAUGUCAAUGUCAGGCCCCCCAGCAGCAGGCAUGGGCAGACCCUUCCCUGGGCCACCACCUCCAGGCGCAGGGGGUUUCCAGCAGCCUGGCCCUGGACCUGCUGGUCCACCAGGGUACCCUCAGCCACCAGGUCAAUUUGGGGGCCAAAUGGCUGGGCCCCAGCCAGGCUUCCCUGGGGCUUUCCCUGGAGCAGCAGCUCAGCUGGCUGGUCCACCCCAGAAGAAGCUGGACCCUGACUCUAUCCCCAGCAUAACCCAGGUUAUUGAGGAUAAUCAAGCAAAACAUGGAGGACAGGCCUACACCACGAACCUCAGAGGCCAGGUUCCCCCUCUCGUCACCACUGACUUCACAGUGCAAGACCAAGGUAAUGCCAGUCCCAGGUUCAUUCGCUGCACCACCUAUUCCUUACCCUGCACUGCUGAUCUGGCCAAACAGUGCCAAGUGCCCCUGGCGGCUAUCAUUAAGCCCCUUGCCAGUUUGCCAAAGAAUGAGACUCCUCUAUAUGUAGUGAACCACGGCGAGACCGGCCCCAUCCGCUGCAAUCGCUGCAAAGCCUACAUGUGUCCCUACAUGCAGUUCCUUGAUGGUGGUCGUCGCUACCAGUGUGGUUUCUGCAAUUGUGUCAGUGAAGUGCCAGUCUUCUAUUUCCAACAUCUUGACCACAUGGGCCGGAGAGUGGACUUCUAUGAGAGACCUGAGCUGUCCCUGGGAUCUUAUGAGUUUGCGGCCACCUUGGACUACUGCAAGAACAACAAGCCUCCAAAUCCUCCGGCCUACAUCUUCAUGAUUGACGUGUCCUACAGCAAUAUCAAAAGUGGACUGGUCAAACUAAUAUGUGAUGAGUUGAAGACUCUGCUCGACAAGCUGCCCAGAGAGGAAGGUGCAGAGAGUUCAGCGAUAAAGGUCGGUUUCGUCACCUACAACAAGAUCCUCCACUUCUACAACGUGAAGAGCGCCUUGGCCCAGCCCCAGAUGAUGGUGGUCUCAGACACAGCCGAGAUGUUCGUCCCACUGCUCGACGGCUUCCUCGUCAACUACCAGGACUCAAGGGCUGUUAUCUACAACCUCCUGGACCAGAUCCCUGACAUGUUUGCAGACACCAACGAGAGCGAGACGGUAUUUGCCCCUGUCAUCCAGGCCGGCGUGGAGGCUUUUAAGGCAGCGGAGUGUAGUGGAAAGCUGUUUAUCUUCCACUCCUCCAUCCCCACUGCUGAAGCUCCGGGGAAAUUGAAGAACCGGGACGACAAAAAGCUGGUCAACACCGAGAAAGAGAAAAUGCUGUUUCAGCCUCAGAAAGGUGUGUAUGAGCAGCUGUCUAAGGAGUGUGUGGCCCAGGGCUGCUGCGUGGAUCUCUUCCUCUUUCCCAGCCAGUACAUGGACAUGGCCACCAUGGCUGAUGUGCCGUCACACACCGGCGGCUCUGUCUACAAGUACAACAACUUCCAGGUGGAGACAGAUGGAGAGCAUUUCCUGAGAGACCUGAGGAAAGAUGUGGAGAAGCCCAUCGGUUUUGAUGCCAUAAUGCGCGUUCGUACCAGCACAGGCUUCAGAGCCACAGACUUCUUCGGAGCGAUUCACAUGAACAACACCACGGAUGUAGAGAUGGCAGGUGUGGAUAGUGACAAGGCUGUAACGGUGGAGUUCAAGCAUGACGACACGCUCAGUGAGGAAGCUGGAGCACUCAUACAGUGUGCCUUGCUGUACACCACCAUCAGCGGGCAGCGACGUCUGCGCAUCCACAACCUCAGUCUGAACUGCAGCUCCCAGCUGUCAGAGCUCUACAAAAGCUGUGAGACCGACUCACUCAUCAACUUCUUUGCCAAGUCAGCUUACCGUGCCAUACUGAACCAGCCUCUGAAGAACGUGAGGGAGAUCCUGGUCAGCCAGACGGCCCACAUGCUGGCCUGCUACAGGAAGAACUGUGCCAGCCCCUCUGCUGCCAGCCAGCUGAUCCUGCCUGAUGCCAUGAAGGUGUUCCCAGUCUACAUCAACAGCCUGAUGAAAACGGCUCCCCUGGUGGGCAGCACAGAGCUCUCCACUGACGACAGGGCCCACCAGAGGCUGUCAGUCAUGGCCAUGGGAGUGGAAGACACCCAGCUGCUGCUCUACCCGCGCCUCAUCCCACUGCACAACAUGGACGUAAGCAGCGAGGCGCUGCCCGCUCCGGUGCGCUGCUCAGAGGAGCGUCUGGCCGACUCCGGCAUGUUCCUGCUGGAGAACGGCCACACCAUGUUCUUGUGGCUGGGACAAGCGAGCCCGCCAGAGCUCAUCCAGAGCAUCUUCAACCUGCCCUCCCUCGCCCACCUGCAAGGACACAUGAGUGCUCUGCCAGAGCUGGAUAACCCCCAGUCAAAGAAGGUCCGCUCCAUCAUCAGUGCCCUGUUUGAAAAGAGGCCUAACUCCAUGAAGCUCCAAAUAGUGAGGCAGAAGGACAAGCCUGAGAUGUUGUUCCGUCAGUUCCUGGUGGAAGAUAAGGGUCUCUACGGUGGAGCUUCCUACAUGGACUUCCUCUGCUACGUCCACCGGGAGAUCAGGCAGCUCCUCACUUAA